AUGCUAAGAAACUCAUUAAGAAUCUUACGAACAGGAAAUCAAUGCAACCGCCUGUGCGGUGCAGCUUAUUUGUUCACUGAUAUUAAACUCUUUAGCGGACUGUCACAAGGUACUAAUGCGUUACCAAGGCAAUAUAAAAAGAUUUUAAUAAAUACUUGGAAUAGUCGAACCAUGUUUAUCCAAACGCAAGAGACGCCGAAUCCAAAUAGUUUGAAAUUUUUACCCGGUUGUAAGGUUUUGGAGUCUGGACAGACGCUGGAUUUUCCAAACAUAGGAGCUGCACAUUGCAGUCCUUUAGCAAAAAUGAUAUUUCGCAUUGAAGGAGUGAAAGCAGUCUUUUUUGGUUCAGAAUUUAUAACAGUGACAAAACAAGAUGAUGAUGUUGAUUGGAAGAUUUUGAAGCCUGACGUCUUUGCUACUAUAAUGGACUUCUUUGCCAGUGGUCUUCCAAUCGUAACAGACGCUAAGCCUUCUGGUGAUACACAAAUUAACGAAGACGAUGAUGAAAUAGUGCAAAUGAUAAAAGAAUUACUUGAUACUCGCAUAAGGCCAACAGUACAAGAAGAUGGUGGAGAUGUUUUAUUUGUUGAUUUUAAGGAUGGAGUGCUAAGACUUAAAAUGCAAGGCUCUUGUUCUUCAUGUCCAAGUUCUAUUGUAACUUUAAAGAAUGGUGUUCAAAAUAUGAUGCAGUUUUAUAUUCCAGAAGUGUUAGCAGUUGAGCAAAUUGAUGAUGAUGGCGACAAGCUAAGUGAAAAAGUAUUUAAGGAAUUUGAGAAGUUGAAAACCAAAGAAACAAAGGAG